GUAACCAUAGAAACGCCUAGCAACACAAACGGAUGGUGACACCAGCUUCCACAGAGCAGAUCAGAAAUAAGUCGCUGGAUCUGAAUAUGGAAAACCUCGCAUCGCCGUCCGAUGUGUGUCUCACAGCAGAGUCAGCUCGGCUUGUGAAAAUCCUUCUGAAGAGACGCACCGUCGCCGGGGACCAGGAGGGAAGCCCCGUGACGAGGAGGGUGGACUGGGUGUCGAGCGAGGACUUCACGGUCGACGAGGGGGAGCGACAGAUCGGGGAGUACAUCCGAUCCUGGGAGCUGCCGCCCCGCUGGCUCCACAGCCUGUACUUCCUCUGCACGACCGAGGAGCAGCGGCACACCUUCCACCACUACCAGGCCCGCUUCAGCGGCCCGACGGCGGACAGGCCGAUCCAGGGGACGGCUUCCGUCUACUUCGUCAUGUGCGAGUCUAAGGUCGAAGCCCGGGAUCAGGCCGUGCAAGUGGGCUUCUUGGUGGAGUCGAACAAGCUGGUGCACACGCCCGGAGCCACCCGGUUCACAGAGAAGUGGCUGGCGGAGGUGAUCGAGAGCAAGACUGCCCUGCGACAUGCGACAGAUGCACCUUGAUCAGCCCGGAGAGCCAAAUCCAGCUAGCAAGUGUUAGCUCAAACCAGUACUCUGUUGACAUGAUGAGGACCAGCUGGCUGCCAUAGCUUCUGAGUUGUUUCCCUCGCGUUUACUGAACCGUCAAAUGUUAGCGAGCUCCCCAACAGUUUCCCACCAACCGUAUUCAUGGACAGACACAUUUUAGAUUUACGUACAAGCGUAUUUAAAUGACACAGCACUCAAGCGUGACGUUUUGAUGGUAGCCUGCUAACCACACGGCUAACAAAUCCUAGCCCAUGCUAAUUGUCCGCUGCUAGUCUCGUGAAUGAAUGCGGUGUUCUCUAAGCAAUAUCACUUGUGAAACUACACUUCUUCUUACCUUUCACGACUCAGACCGUAGCCGAAAUAUUUCAUUCUAUGAGGUGCUGCACGUAGAACAUAAACAGGAAGUAGACCGGAAGUGACGCGAUAGGUCUGUUUUACGGGGCGAUGUUUUGUUUGUGCCACUAGAUGUCGACAAACAACUUUAUAAUUAACCAAACAUAUUUGUAUUGAAAACAGUCUGAGCCCAUGAAUUCUGCAUUAUUAUUCGCCCACUGUUAUCUGGAUCUGCGCCAACUCAUGAAUAUCCUCAACAUGUCUGUUUUAUUUUCCCCAUCAAUAUCCAUGAAUUCUGUGAGAAUGUCACAAUACGCCCUAAAGAGAAGGGUUAAAUACAAUCUUGGAUCCCUACCCGGAUCUGGAUCCACACAAAUAUUGAAUUGUUUUUUUUCCUGAACCAUACUACAGCCUUUCAUCAAGUUUCACAGUAAACCA